UUUUUUACAUUAAGCUAUUUUAAUUUCAGCGGACAAGACAUUGAAAGAUGUUGAAGUGCGGGAUCGUUUUGUUUUUUGUUUUCUGCUUAAUUUCAGUUUCUACAUCAGAAGACGAUGUGCGUUCUGUUGAACCCGAAGAACUGGAAAAAUUGUUAGAAGAGGGUAAUUAUGAAGAAUUCAGCAAAUUGAUGCGUAUUGAUGAUGUAAGACUAGUGGUUCCUAAAGAUGACAAUAGUGAUCCUAUGUACCAUGAUGGCGUCCCAUUUGGUGACAUUUUAAUCCCUAAAGGAGAAGAGGAACUAGAGGAAGGAGAGGAAUCGGAACGAGCCGUUUUAAACUUUAGGAAAUACGGUGGAAACAAGUGGCCUAAUGGUGUCAUUCCUUAUGCCAUAGCUAAUAACCACUACGACUAUAAUCAGAGAAAUACCAUUACCAAUGCCAUCAAUGAUUUCAAUGCAAAAAAUACUGGCACAAGAUUCGUACCACGCAGCAAUCAAAGAGACUAUGUCAUGAUAUUCAGCGGAAAUGGGUGCUACUCCUACUUGGGAAAAAUUGGAAAUCAGCAAGCUCUGUCGCUGCAAAGCAAUGGAUGCGUACACCACGCAAUUGUGCAACACGAAAUGAUCCACGCUGUUGGAUUCACCCAUGAACAGAAUCGUCCGGACAGAGACAAUUUCGUCCGUGUCCUCUGGGAAAACAUACCUCAAGAAUGGCAUUCGCAAUACCAAAAGGGCAACUCAGACGAUUGGGUAACAACGACAGAUUACGACUACUACUCGGUGAUGCACUACGGAAUGAGGGCGCCCGGAACAGGACGCAGGGCAUUCCAGAUCCUGAGGGGAGGCAUCGACGAGAGGUACGUCGGGCAGAGAGGAGGCAUGACGGGUCUGGAUGUGCAGAAGAUCAGAAACGCAUACAGAUAGAACACAGAAAAUGGACGUCCCCUCAAGUCGAGUAUUAAUAACCUAAGCUAAAGGUUAUUAAUAUUCCGACGCAAUAUGUUUAUUUGUCAUUGCCCUGCUUUUGAACUAUUGAAAACAUUGGAAAAUAAUGUAUUUCUUUUCCACGAAAAUAAUAAAGUUUCUUUUAUUAAAAGUU